AGCCAUGUCUUCUCUUCCUGCUCGGAUCAGUUUGGGGUCCCAGCUGCUGCCGAUGGUGCCUCUGCUCCUGCUGCUGCUGCAGGGCGUAGGCUGCGGCCACAGGGGCCCAUCAUUGUCCUCACUGCCCUUGGCAGCCGACGGUCUACAGAGGGACAAGGACCCCCAGCAUUCACCUGGGGAAGCUGCAACUGCGCUGGGCCCAGGAGCCCAGGAUAUGGUCGCUGUCCACAUGCUCAGGCUUUAUGAAAAGUACAACCGACGGGGCGCUCGACCAGGAGGAGGCAACACGGUCCGAAGUUUCAGUGCCAGGCUGGAAGUGGUCAACCAGAAGCCUGUGUAUUUCUUUAAUUUGACAUCCAUGCAAGACUCGGAAAUGAUCCUCACAGCGACCUUCCACUUCUACUCAGAACCCCCACGGUGGCCCCGGGCACGUGAGGCAUUAUGCAAGCCGCGAGCCAAGAAUGCAUCUUGCCGCCUCCUGACCCCAGGUCCACCAGCACGCUUGCACCUAAUCUUCCGCAGCCUCUCACAGAACACGGCCACGCAGGGGCUGCUCCGCGGGGCCAUGGUUCUGGCACCUCCGCCACGUGGCCUGUGGCAGGCCAAGGAUAUCUCAUCGAUGGUCAAGGCUGCCCGAAGAGAUGGAGAGCUGCUCCUCUCUGCCCAGUUGGAUUCUGGGGAGAAGGACCCCGGGAUACCCAGACCCAGUCCCCAUAUGCCCUAUAUCCUUGUCUAUGCCAAUGACCUGGCCAUCUCAGAGCCCAACAGUGUGGCAGUGACUCUGCAGAGAUACGACCCCUUUCCAGCUGGAGACCUGGAACCUCGCACUGCCCCCAACAGCUCAGCGGACCCCCGCGUGCGCCGGGCAGCUCAGGUCUCUGGACCCCUGCAGGACAAUGAACUGCCAGGAUUGGACGAGAGACCAGCACCUGCCCUGCAUGCCCACCACUACCACAAGCAUGACUUCUGGCCCAGCCCCUUCCGGGCACUCAAACCCCGCACCGGGCGCAAAGACCGCAAGAAGAAGGACCAGGAUACGUUCACCACCUCCUCACAGGUGCUGGACUUUGAUGAGAAGACGAUGCAGAAAGCCAGGAGGAGGCAAUGGGAUGAGCCACGGGUCUGUUCCAGAAGGUACCUGAAGGUGGACUUUGCAGACAUCGGGUGGAAUGAAUGGAUCAUCUCGCCGAAAUCCUUCGACGCCUACUACUGUGCUGGGGCCUGUGAGUUCCCCAUGCCCAAGAUUGUCCGCCCAUCCAAUCAUGCCACCAUCCAGAGCAUUGUCAGAGCUGUGGGGAUUGUCCCUGGCAUCCCAGAGCCAUGCUGUGUUCCAGACAAGAUGAACUCCCUCGGAGUCCUUUUCCUGGAUGAGAACCGGAAUGUGGUUCUGAAGGUGUACCCCAAUAUGUCUGUAGAGACCUGUGCCUGUCGGUAAGACAGCUUCAAGGUGGAAGACAGUCUGGCGUCAUCCCAGCCCUGCAGAGUGGCAUUCCUGGAGGCAGGACUUGACUCGGGGCAGCUGCAGGUGCUAGAAAGAGCUUGUAGGCAACCCUGCUGGGACCUAGAAAGAUCUGUACACAGUGCCAUUGUUCUUCAGUUUUCCCUUAGCUCUGUAAAGACUCUGAGUUCCUGGAAGGAGCCUGGAAUCAACUAUGGUCUCAAGCUUGCCCAUCAGCCCUACCCACAUUUUCCAAGGCCUGGACAUAGCAUGUGAUGUGUCCACAAUGUCGACUCUGCAUUCAUCAUCUCAUAACCCGGAAGGAAUAUGCAAAUCAUGGGGCACUCACCCCUAUAGCAGGUCAAGUACUCAUUCUACAACCCUCAGGCUACAUACUAGAAACAGGACCUAAAUCUUGGCAUGAACGUGUGUUUUCUCUUACGUUUUCACUUUUAUACAUGCAAUAUGCACAUGCAAUCAAGAUCGGUCUCUUCCUUUAAUAUAUGUAUUCUUUAUUUUAAAACUAAAAGGAGAGAGUUGACUCCCCCCACAGAGGUAAUAGUACAGGUUAGCUAUGGGCUGUUUGAACAUGCAUACGGAAAUAACAUAUACAGUAAUAUGUUGGAAUACUAAAAAAUAACCAAGAUUUUAUAUUUUUGUAAAUUAUACUUUGUAUACUGUAGAUUGUGAGUGUUCUGUGUUUUUAUGGAAAGCUAAUAAAUUAAAGGUACAGUGAUAUCUGGAAAAA